CACUCAACAAUAACAUUAACACCUCCACUUCCCUCGCCAUUAAUGCUAUUUCAUCCUCUCAACACGCUCUGCUAUCAUAUUAACUCCUUUCAUCUUCUCCAUCUGUUCCCUAUUCCCCCUUUCUUCUUCUUUUUUCUUUCUCCAAAGCCCCUUUAAUUCUUCUUAAAUUCCCUUCACAAGAAAAGUUCAUCUUCUUGUACAUGACCAAAAAAAAAAAAAAAAUCACACAAGUUUUCACUUUCCUAAAAGUGGUUUUCCAGUGACCCUUUUGCCUGAAAACUAGAUCUAAACUAAACCCUUGUGUGGAUUAAUUUUCUUCAGUUCUUGCUUUUGUUCCAAGGCUUCACAGGCAAUGAAAAAUACCUAGGUAUAAGAGAAAGGAGAGAAGUGAAGAUGUUUAAACCAAACAUGUUUGAUAGCCACCAUCAUUUGCUUGAUAUGUCCUCCUCAGCCCAUAAAACACCAGAAAAUGAGAUGGACUUUAUUCGAGAUGAAGAAUUCGACAGCAAGUCAGGUACUGAUAUCAUGGAAGCCCCUAAUUCAGGUGAUGAUCAAGAUCCAAAUCAACGUCCUAAUAAGAAGAAGCGUUACCACCGCCAUACUCAGCAUCAAAUUCAAGAAAUGGAAUCGUUUUUCAAAGAAUGCCCUCACCCUGAUGAUAAACAAAGAAAAGAGUUGGGAAAAAGACUAGGGUUGGAGCCUUUGCAAGUGAAAUUUUGGUUUCAAAACAAGCGUACUCAAAUGAAGGCUCAACAUGAACGUUCUGAGAACACACAAUUGAGGAAUGAAAACGACAAGCUUCGCGCUGAUAACAUAAGGUACAAGGAAGCCCUCAGCAACGCGACAUGCCCAAACUGUGGAGGGCCUGCAGCCAUAGGAGAGAUGUCAUUUGAUGAGCAGCACUUGAGGAUCGAAAAUGCUCGUCUUAGAGAAGAGAUUGACAGGAUAUCUGGAAUAGCUGCAAAAUAUGUUGGUGGGAAACCAAUACUCAAUUUUCCUCAACUUCCUUCAUCAGAAGCCCGUCGUUCUCUAGAUCUUGGUUUUGGGCCUCAAUCAAGCCUGCUUGGAGAAAUGUACAGUGCUGGUGACCUUCUUAGAACUGCAAUUUCAGGCCUUACAGAUGUCGAAAAGCCCAUGGUUAUUGAACUUGCUGUUGCCGCAAUGGAGGAACUUAUUAGAAUGGCCCAAACUGGCGAACCUUUGUGGAUUCCAAACUCAGAUAUCUAUUGUACUGAGACUUUAAGUGAGGAGGAAUAUGUUAGGAGUUUCCCUCGAGGCAUUGGGCCAAAGCCGUUGGCAUUAAAUUCUGAAGCCUCACGAGAAUCGGCUGUUGUUAUUAUGAAUCACAUCAAUUUAGUUGAAAUUUUGAUGGAUGUGAACCAAUGGACAAAUGUUUUUGCUGGCCUAGUAACAAAAGCAAUGACCCUUGAAGUCUUAUCAACUGGCGUAGCAGGAAAUUACAAUGGAGCAUUGCAAGUGAUGACAGCUGAGUUCCAGGUUCCUUCUCCACUCGUUCCAACUCGCGAGAACUAUUUUGUAAGAUACUGUAAGCAACAUGCUGACGGGACAUGGGCAGUGGUUGAUGUAUCCCUGGACAAUUUGCGCCCUACUUCAGUGUCGCGGUGCAGAAGAAGGCCGUCUGGUUGUUUAAUUCAGGAAUUGCCAAAUGGCUACUCCAAGGUUACGUGGGUUGAACACAUUGAGGUGGACGAAAAAGCUGUCCACAGCAUCUACAAACCUCUAGUCAAUUCAGGCCUUGCAUUUGGAGCAAAACGAUGGGUAGCAACAUUAGAUAGACAAUGUGAACGGCUUGCAAGUGCAAUGGCGAAUAACAUCCCAGCAGGAGAUGUUGGAAUCAUCACAAGUCCAGCUGGUCGCAAGAGUAUGUUAAAACUCGCUGAGAGAAUGGUGAUGAGCUUUUGUGCUGGUGUUGGUGCAUCGACAACUCACACAUGGACAACAUUGUCCGGAAGUGGUGCUGAUGAUGUUAGAGUCAUGACUAGAAAGAGUAUUGAUGAUCCAGGGAGGCCUCCUGGUAUUGUGCUGAGUGCUGCAACAUCUUUUUGGCUGCCAGUUUCUCCUAAGAGAGUUUUUGAUUUUCUCCGGGACGAAAACUCUAGAAGUGAGUGGGAUAUUCUUUCAAAUGGUGGGCUUGUUCAAGAAAUGGCACAUAUUGCAAAUGGUCGCGAUCCAGGAAACUGCGUAUCUCUACUCCGUGUCAACAGUGGAAACUCGAACCAAAGCAAUAUGUUGAUACUCCAAGAAAGCUCCACUGAUUCAACAGGAUCUUAUGUUAUUUAUGCACCAGUUGAUAUUGUUGCAAUGAAUGUUGUGUUAAGUGGUGGUGACCCUGACUAUGUUGCUUUAUUACCUUCUGGUUUUGCUAUACUUCCGGAUGGGUCGACGAAUCAUCACGGUGGAGGUAAUUCAGAAGUUGGCUCUGCUGGCGGAUCACUACUCACUGUAGCAUUUCAGAUAUUGGUUGAUUCUGUCCCAACAGCAAAACUUUCCCUUGGCUCUGUUGCAACUGUUAACAGUCUCAUCAAGUGCACAGUUGAGAGGAUUAAAACCGCCGUAACCUGUGAAAAUGCAUGAUAAAAAUCUAAGUGGCAGGUGAAAUUGAAGGGGGAAGAGAUAACAGAAAAUAACAAAAUAUACAUGCACUGUGAGACAAAGGGAAGGAGUCGAGAACGCACCUCAAAUGAAAUCCUUGCAUUGUGGUGAUUUUUAUUUAAUUUGGAAAAAAGUAUUUCACCAUGGUGCAAGGGUUAUAGGUUCGGGUAUUGACUUCACCAAGCCUUAUUGGUAAAUGUCAAGAUAUAUAAACUAAACUAGCAUCAAUGCUUUUGUUUUGGAGUUUUUUGCUUUAAGGUUUAAUUAGGACAAUUUCUCUAUGUUCUUUGAAAGAAGUUUAGUAUGACUUCUGAAAGCUUAUGUUUGCUAACAAGUUCAUGGAUUAGGUUUUAAGUUUUUGCAUUAAUUUGAAAUAUUUAGUUCUGAUAUCA